UUGAGAGAGGGGAGAGACACACGAAGAAAAAUAAGGGGAGAAAUCACACAGGAAAUCAAUCUCUAUUUCCACAGAAAAAGGAACAAUUAGUUGCACAGCUACUGAGAUUUUUGUUUCCUUCUUCUUCCUCUCUAUCAAUCUGCAUGUAAUCACACACGCACACAGACACAUAUAUAUACAUAUAUAUGUGUAACGCUGAGAGAACAAGACCUCGAUUGACACCUAAAUAAAUCGCCCUCUUUUGUUGGUAAAGCCCUAUAAAGCUCAAUAUAAUUUGGGGAUUUUGUUAUGAUCACAGAUUGAUUAUCACAGAGAAGAGCAUUGCGAUUAUAUACAUAUAUAACCGUGGAUUGCUCGAAGAAAUUUUUGAUGGGGUUUCCGGCUUUGGGAUUUUGAACAGAAAAAUUUCGGGGUCUGACUGCUUUAAAUUUCAGAAAUGACUGUUGCAACCAAUAUAGCAGUUGGAUCUCAUGUAUGGGUGGAGGAUCUAGAUGAAGCCUGGCUAGAUGGGGUAGUUGUCGAAGUAAAUGGUGAAGAGAUUAAAGUAAAUUGUACAUCAGGAAAGACAGCUGUAGCUAAUGCUGCAAAUGUUUAUCCGCAAGAUCUUGAGGCUGCGCCAGAGGGCGUGGAUGAUAUGACAAAGCUUUCUUACCUGCAUGAACCGGGUGUUUUGUACAAUUUGAAAUGCCGAUAUAAUAUUAAUGAAAUAUAUACCUAUACAGGUAACAUAUUGAUAGCUGUGAAUCCUUUUCAACGCUUACCCCAUUUGUACAAUGAUAAUAUGAUGGAGAAGUACAAAGGAAUGGCGAUUGGAGAGCUGAGCCCACACCCUUAUGCUAUUGCCGACAAUGCUUACAGGCAAAUGAUUAAAGAGGAUUUAAGUCAAGCAAUCUUGGUUAGUGGGGAGAGUGGAGCUGGUAAAACUGAAAGCACUAAGAGUCUAAUGACUUAUCUUGCAUACAUGGGGGGCAGUGUAGGGGUUGAGGGGAAGCGGACUGUGGAGCAGCAAGUACUCGAGUCAAGUCCGGUUCUUGAAGCUUUUGGUAAUGCAAAGACAGUGAGAAAUAACAAUUCAAGUCGCUUUGGAAAAUUUGUGGAGAUUCAGUUCAAUAAUAGGGGCAGAAUAUCUGGAGCUGCUAUCAGAACUUAUUUGCUGGAAAGAUCACGAGUUUGCCAAGUUUCAGAUCCUGAAAGAAACUAUCACUGUUUCUAUAUGCUUUGUGCUGCACCAGCAAAGGAUGUUGAAAAAUUCAAACUGGGGAAUCCAAGGGAUUUCCGUUAUUUGAACCAGUCUAAUUGCUAUGAAUUGGAUGGUGUUGAUGAUUCCAAAGAGUAUCUUACUACAAGGAGGGCAAUGGAUAUAGUUGGAAUCAGCCCUGAAGAGCAGGAUGGGAUUUUUCGAGUUGUGGCUGCAAUUCUUCAUAUGGGAAAUAUUGAGUUUGGGAAGGGAAGUGAUGGUGAUGCUUCACAUCCCAAGGAUGAUCAAUCGCUAUUCCAUCUUAAAACAGUUGCAGAGCUUUUGAUGUGUGACGAACAAUGUCUUGAAGACUCCUUGUGCAAACGUAUUAUGGUUACUCGUGAUGAGACCAUAACAAAAAGCCUCAGUGCGACUGAUGCAGCAGUCAGUAGAGAUGCCUUGGCUAAAAUUGUCUAUUCAAGACUAUUUGACUGGUUAGUUGAUAAGAUCAACCAUUCUAUUGGACAAGAUUCUACUUCUAAACUCUUGAUUGGACUGCUUGAUAUUUAUGGCUUUGAGAGUUUCAAGACAAACAGUUUUGAGCAAUUUUGCAUUAACCUGACUAAUGAGAAACUGCAGCAACAUUUCAAUCAGCACGUCUUCAAGAUGGAACAAGAAGAAUAUACAAAAGAAGAGAUCGACUGGAGUUACAUAGAGUUCGUCGAUAACCAAGAUAUUCUUGAUCUUAUUGAAAGGAAACCAGGUGGCAUCAUUGCUCUCCUUGAUGAGGCUUGUAUUCUUCCAAGAUCUACACAUGAGACAUUUGCGGAGAAGCUGUACCAGACAUUCAAAGAUCACAAGCGUUUCACCAAGCCAAAGCUGUCGCGCACUGGUUUCACCAUAUGCCAUUAUGCGGGUGAUGUCACUUACCAGACAGAACUUUUUCUGGAUAAGAACAAAGAUUACGUUAUUCUUGAGCAUCAGAAUCUCCUUAGUGCUUCAAGUUGCUCCUUCAUCUCCAGCCUCUUCCCACCUUUACCAGAAGAUUCUUCUAAAUCAUCAAAGUUUUCAUCAAUUGGUUCUCGAUUCAAGCAACAACUGCAAUCUCUGCUUGAGACUCUUAGUGCGACUGAACCUCAUUAUGUUCGCUGUAUAAAACCUAAUAACCUUCUGAAGCCUUCAAUCUUUGAGAAUGGUAAUGUUCUGCAGCAACUCCGUUGUGGGGGUGUUAUGGAGGCAAUCAGGAUCAGUUGUGCUGGAUAUCCCACUCGAAAGACCUUUCAAGAAUUUAUAAAUCGUUUCAAAAUUCUCGAGCCUAAUGCAUCAAAUGGAAGUUGUGAUGAAAUUGCUGGUUGUAAAAUGCUUUUGCAGAAAGCUAACCUUAAAGGUUAUCAGAUUGGCAAAACUAAAGUGUUUCUCAGAGCUGGUCAGAUGGCAGAACUAGAUUCUGUCCGUAAUCAGGUUCUCGGGAUAUCUGCCAGUGUAGUCCAGAAUAAAUUCCGUUCAUUCUUUGCGCGUAAAAAUUUCCUUGUGUUACGCGUGGCAGCUAUACAAAUUCAAGCACUAAGCAGAGGGCAAGUUGUACGGUGCAUUUAUGAGCGUAAGAAGAGAAAGGCUGCUGCUACAACCAUCCAGAAAUCUGGAAGGAUGUUUCUUUUUAGGAAAACUUACACAAUUUUAUUGACUUCUGCAAUUGUUAUUCAAGCUGGACUUAGAGCAAUGGUUGCUCGCAAUGAACUUAUAUUUAGAAGGAGAAACACAGCAGCUAUUCUCAUCCAGAGACAUUGCCGAGGAUACUUGGCCAGCCAUCAUUUCUUACGCUUGAGGGGGGCAUCAAUUUCUAUGCAAUGCGCUUGUAGAGUAAUUAAAGCUCGCAAAGAACUACGGCUACUUAAAAUGGCUGCAAAGGAAACUGGUGCACUCCAAGAAGCCAAAGAAAAGCUGGAAAAGAAAGUUGAAGAACUGACUUUGCAGCUGGAAUUGGAGAAGCGCCAGCGACAUGAUAUAGAGGAAGCCAAGAAUCGUGAAAUUGCAAAAUUACUAUCUGCUUUGGAGGAAAUAAGGCUGCAGUUGCAAGAUACCAGCAAUUCUGAAGCUCUAAAGAAGGUUUUCGAGCAAGUUCCUACAGCAGUAUCUGAGCCAGUCUCUCCAGCAGUAUCUGAGCCAGUCCCUCCAGCAGUAUCUGAGCCAGUCCCUCCAGCAGUAUCUGAGCCAGUCCCUCCAGCAGUAUCCCAGCAAGUUUUCUCAGAAAUAUCCGAGCAAGGUCCUCCUACAAAAGAGGGCUUAGUAAUAGAUACUGAACUAGUCCGUAAAUUAACAUCUGAAAAUGAAAAGCUGAAGAGUUUAGUGAGUUCUCUGGAAAAGAAAGUAGAUGAAGAAGGGAAGAAAUAUGAGGAGUCGAACAAGCUAGCUAUGGAGGCAGAGAUAAAGAUAAUUAAGCUGAAGACAGAUAUGCAAAGGCUUGAAGAGAAAAUCUCUGACAUGGAGACAGCAGAUCAAGUUCUCCGUCGACAGGCUUUAAUGAAUAAUCCUUCAGGGAAACUAUCUGGACAUUUACCUCCAACUAAUAAUGAGGGGCAGAAUGGUCAGAAAGAACUUUUGAGCGCAGGAUCCAGUAAAAGAUUUGGUACUGAAUCUAACAUUGAAAGGCAACGAGAGUUAGUAGAUACUCUUAUUACGUGCAUCAAAAAAGAUGUUGGUUUCAGUGAAGGAAAACCAGUUGCUGCACUUACAAUUUACAAAUGCCUGUUAAACUGGAAAUCUUUUGAAGCCGAAAGAACUAACGUUUUUGAUAUGCUUAUUCAUAUCAUUGGUUCAGCAUUAGAGGAUGAGGCAAACAAUGAUCGUAUGGCUUACUGGCUUUGCAACACAUCUACACUACUUUUUUUACUCCAACGAACCCUUAAAUCUGCAUCUUCAUCUCAACCUCCUCCGCCCACCUCGUUUUUCGGAAGGAUGGCUCAAACUUUUCGGGCAUCCCCAUCCUUUGCCGACAUUUCUAUAGGCGGUGUUGAUGGAAUAAAACAGGUUGAAGCCAAGUAUCCAGGUUUGCUUUUCAAGGAGCAGCUUACGGCUUAUAUUGAGAAGAUUUAUAGUAUUAUUCGAGACAAUGCAAAGAAGGAAUUGUCACCUGUUCUUUCUUCAUGUAUUGAGGCACUCAAAAAGUCCUCAACUCAAUCGUCUGGUGAAAGUGCUACUAAGAACUGGCAAAGCGUCAUUGAUUGCUUAAACAGGCUUCUAAGUACACUGAAAGAUAAUUUCGUUCCUCCAGUUCUUGUCCAGAAAAUCUUCGAGCAGCUUUUCUCUUAUAUAAAUGUUCAGCUCUUUAACAGCCUUCUUCUCCAAAAAGAGUGUUGCACGUUCAACAGUGGGGAAUAUGUAAAGACAGGGUUAACUGAAUUACAACUUUGGUACGGGGACACACACGAGUAUGCAGGCUCAUCAUUUGAUGAACUAAAAUAUGUGCAGCAGGCUGUAAGGCUUUUGAUAAUGCAACAAAAAUCGGAACUAACCUAUGAUGAUCUUACAACUGAACUUUGCCCUAUACUUAGCAGUCAGCAGCUUUAUAGAAUAUGUAUUCUUUUUGGGGAUGAUAAUGGUUCAGAUAAUGUACCUCCAGAAGUGAUUUCUAACCUGAAGAUACUUGCAUCGGAGGACUCUAAUGAUCCUGAUAGCAGCUCAUAUGUGUUAGAUGAUAACUCCAGCAUUCCUUUGCCAGUUGAAGACCUUAGCAACUCUCUUCAUGAUGGAGAUUUCAAAGGUGUAAAACCUCCAGAAGAACUUCUUGAAAAUCCUUCCUUCGAAUUCUUACAAGGAAGGUGAACUUGGAGCUCCCAUUACCAUAGAGGUUUUGUACAUGUUGCAACAAGUAUUACAUUCCAAGGUUAUAUCAUAGCCAUCAAAGUUGUCUUGUUGUUUCACUUUAUUUCAUCAAAUUUCAAUAUCUAUGAUAUGAUUGAGAG